AUGGCAAACCAGGGAGCGAAGAAACGCAAAGAAGAGAAUGCUCAUCACAUGAACAAGCUAUUUCGUCUCAUCAUAGCAUGCAUUGUUAUACAUGUUUUGGUGAGGAUGCUCUUUUUUAAUUCAACUGUCAGUUGGAAGCAUUGGAUUGGCCUCUUUGUCACUUCAUUGGCUUAUGCAAUUCCUUAUCAACAACUUGCCAAAAUGGCACAACCAUCUUAUGCUGAUGAUGGAGAGCUUCUAGAUGGCGGGUUUGAUAUGAGCACUGGUGGAGUUUGUGGUUACCUACAUGAUGUGAUCUACAUUACGUACUUUGUACAGCUGAUGUCCAUCAUCACUGGGAAAUUUUGGUACACAUAUUUAGUGAUUCCAGCAUUUGGUGCAUACAAAAUUUUUGGUGUUACAAGAGGAUUUUUGUAUCAGAGUUCAGAGGGGGAUAUGGAGGAUGAAAAGAGUCGUAAGAAAAGAUAA